AUGAGCGAGGGACAGAUUGAAGAAGAUGAACUUUUGACUCUAGAAGAGGUUGAUGACAUUGAAGAGAAAGAAGAGCUUGAUUCAUUUUUUGUUGAAGAUAUUCGACGUCGGCUUGGUGAUGUGUUCCGAAUGUUUGAUGAAGACUGUGACGAUCUUAUUGAGACAGACGACGUUGGACAUGUUCUACGAAGUUUUGGUUUAAAUCCAUCGGAAGCCGAACUUCAACUCGUAAUCGAUCAGAUCGCUCGAAAAAGCGGCCGAAUUUCAUUCGAGGACCUUCUUCCUCGUGUUGUUUCUGCUAUCCAGAAUGGUGAAUGGAAAGACGACACUCCUCAACAAGUUCAUGCAGCCUUUCAAGUCAUAACAUCCAACAAUUAUGUGCAAAAAGACACAUUAUUGCAAUUACUAACCACGAUUGGAGAACCAUUGAAUCCUCAAGAGAUUAAGCAAUUCUUAAAUCAUGUUAGCGUCAGAGCCAAUGGUGAUAUCGAUUGGGUGGCGUAUGUGAAGGAUACUUGCGAAAUGAUCUCGUCGAGAGAUUAA